UUGAAUCUGCUGCAGCCGUAGUGGGCGGUGAGUGCGAGACGGUGAGCAGUUUGAACCGUAGCUGUGCUGAGGCGGAAACAUUGAAAUUGGACAAAUUGUUUAUAGUCAGGGUGAAAUUAAACGACGCGAUUCCUAUCAACAAACACAGUGUAUUUUGUGCUCAAGCCAGGCCUAAAGUGGGGAAACGGCAGCCUUUUCUGUUCGCCUACUCUGGGUACGUAAAGCCGGUGUCGCGCAAAGUGAAUCGCUCCCUCCUACUGAGCUAACUGCUAGCUAGCCGCCGAGCUACCAUUACAGCUAGCCGGAACACGGUGCCAGCUAAUCCCCAACACAAAGGACGACUUUGCCAGUGUUUAUCAUAUCGAUUCCGAAUCACUCCAUUGAAUGAGGACUGAGCCUCCUGUACAGGUUGAUCAUGGUGCUGACAGGGAAGCGCUUGGAGAAGGGUCCGGCCUGCUGGAAGAGGAGGGUGAAGUCGGAGUACAUGAGGCUUCGGCAGCUUAAACGCUUCAGACGGGCCGACGAGGUCAAGAGCAUGUUCAACACCAACCGUCAGAAAAUCAUGGAGCGAACUGACAUUUUGAACCAGGAGUGGAAGACCAGGCGAAUCCAGCCAGUUCACAUCAUGACAUCUGUCGGCUCCUUAAGAGGCACCCGAGAGUGCACGGUGGACAGCGGUUUCUCCGAGUUUCCCAGGCAGGUCAUCCCCCUGAAGACUCUCAACGCUGUGGCCUCAGUCCCGGUCAUGUACUCCUGGUCACCGCUGCAGCAGAACUUCAUGGUGGAGGAUGAGACGGUGCUCCAUAACAUCCCCUACAUGGGAGACGAGAUCCUGGACCAGGAUGGUACUUUCAUAGAAGAGCUCAUCAAGAACUAUGACGGCAAAGUUCACGGAGACAGAGAGUGCGGCUUCAUCAACGAUGAGAUAUUUGUGGAGUUGGUCAGCGCUCUGUCACAGUACAGCGACAACGAGGACGAUGAGGAGGAGGAAGAGCAGGACUUCAAGGUAGACAAGCUGGAGUUGUGUGACAGCAAGGAGCACCCAGAAGACCCCCGCAAGGAUGGGCUCAUUAACAAUGAGAGCCGAACCAGCAAUGACGGCACCAAGAAGUUUCCCUCUGACAAGAUUUUUGAAGCCAUCUCCUCCAUGUUCCCUGACAAGGGCUCCACUGAGGAGCUCAAAGAGAAGUACAAGGAGCUGACGGAGCAGCAGCUGCCCGGCGCGCUGCCCCCUGAAUGCACACCGAACAUCGACGGUCCAAACGCUCGCUCCGUGCAGCGCGAACAGAGCCUGCACUCCUUUCACACUCUGUUCUGCAGACGCUGCUUCAAAUACGACUGCUUCCUCCACCCUUUCCACGCAACUCCAAACACCUAUAAGCGCAAGAACUUGGAGAACCUGGUGGACAGUAAACCCUGCGGCAUCGACUGCUACAUGUACCUGGUACAGGAUGGGAUGGUGACUGAGUACCCUGCAGGCGUGGUUGCCGAGCGGGCCAAGACGCCCUCCAAACGCACGGUGGGCCGUCGCCGCGGACGACUGCCGAACAGCAACAGCCGGCCCAGCACCCCCACCGUUUCCUCGGAAACCAAAGACACGGACAGCGACCGUGAGGGCAGCAAAGAAGACGAGCGAGACAAUGAUAAAGACGACGAAGACAAGAAGGACGAGAACACCAGCAGCUCAGAGGGGAACUCGCGGUGUCAGACUCCAGUGAAGAUGAAGCUGACUGGUGAGGCUGAAGCGGUGGAUUGGAGCGGGGCCGAAGCCUCUCUGUUCAGGGUUCUCAUUGGGACGUACUACGACAACUUCUGCGCCAUUGCACGGCUCAUAGGAACCAAGACCUGCAGACAGGUUUACGAGUUCAGGGUCAAGGAGUCGAGCAUCAUCGCUCGGGCUCCUGCUGAAGACGAGGACACGCCGCCUAGGAAGAAGAAGAGGAAACACAGACUGUGGGCUACUCACUGCAGGAAGAUCCAGCUGAAGAAAGAUGGCUCGUCCAAUCACGUGUAUAAUUACCAGCCAUGUGACCACCCGCGGCAGCCCUGUGACUCCUCAUGUCCCUGCGUCACCGCUCAAAACUUCUGUGAGAAGUUUUGCCAGUGCAGCUCUGAGUGUCAGAACCGUUUCCCAGGUUGUCGCUGCAAAGCUCAGUGUAACACCAAGCAGUGUCCCUGCUACCUGGCAGUGCGGGAGUGUGACCCCGACCUCUGCCUGACCUGCGGCGCUGCAGACCACUGGGACAGCAAGAACGUGUCCUGCAAGAACUGCUCCAUUCAGAGAGGGGCCAAGAAGCAUCUGCUGCUCGCCCCGUCGGACGUGGCAGGUUGGGGCAUCUUCAUCAAAGAGCCGGUCCAGAAAAACGAGUUCAUCUCCGAGUACUGUGGAGAGAUUAUCUCUCAGGAUGAAGCAGACCGCAGAGGGAAAGUCUACGACAAAUACAUGUGCAGCUUCCUCUUCAACCUCAACAACGACUUUGUUGUUGAUGCCACGAGGAAAGGCAACAAGAUCCGCUUUGCCAACCAUUCUGUCAACCCUAACUGCUAUGCAAAAGUGAUGAUGGUGAACGGGGAUCACAGGAUAGGAAUCUUUGCUAAGAGAGCCAUCCAGACUGGAGAGGAACUCUUCUUUGACUACAGGUACAGCCAGGCUGACGCUCUGAAGUACGUCGGGAUCGAGCGGGAGAUGGAGAUCGCCUGACUCGGACUUCUACCUCCCGACACAAAGGCCUUACACUCAAACACAAACACACCUUCACUUCAGGAAAUCCAGACGACUCGUCAAAAUGCUAGAAAGCUUCAGGAAAAUGGGAAUAUUUGAAGCAGAAUUUUGUUGUUUUGGGGUUUUUUUUGCCACCUUGGUCUCUUUUUGAAAAUACUUUUCAUAUCUGUUUCUCUUCGUGUUAUUUUUCUCCUGUCGACAAAUCUUUCUCAUCUGUCGAGGCGGGGGUCUCGGAUUCAUAGAUCUUCCCUCAGCUGAAGGUGCAGAUCACCUACGAACUGACUCUCGUUUGUCCUAUUUUAAAUAUCUAAGCGUUAAAUGUUCUACGGGGAGAGGAGGCGAACCCACGACUGUGUUUAAAACUGGCUUUUCAAUUCAAGCUUCAGGGACUAAAAUCCUCCACCAGCCGCUUUCACACAACUCUCUGGACUCUGUUGUACUGUGUGCCACACGUGGGUCAGUUGUCAUGUUGUGUUUUUAUACAGUGUGAGCUGAACCCGAUCACUGCCUGUCUGUGAAACGGGGGGCGUUCACAAAGCAGACCAACUUCAACACGGUGAAACGUUUAGCGAGAACAUCUUCUUCGCUAAUUCAGUUAGAGCUCAAAGGAUUAGUCCGUUAACAAAGUUAAUCUGCAACAAUUUCGAUGAUUAUUUUUGUAGUAAAAUGCCAGACAUUCACUAAACAUUCACACUGUAAGGAUUUUCUGUUUUUCUCACUCAUAUGUUGUUGUAAACCGAAUGUUUUUGGGUUUUAGACUGUUGGUCGGACAAAACAAUACAUCUGAAGACACUAUUUAAGGACAUUUUAUAAACUAAAACAUUAUUAGAUUAGUGAAGAAAAGCUGCAAAUUAAUCAACAAUGAAAAGAAUUACUAGUUGCAGCCCGAGACUCGAUUAGUGGACAAUAGUUUGACGUGUGUGUGUGUGUGUGUGUGUGUGUGUGUGAAAACAAACAGCAUAUUUGUACUAAAGCAUAUUUUGUAAAGUUUGUAUAUUCAAAAAAACAUCUUUGAAACCAAACUCUGGCUUUAGAUGAGGCCUGAAUUUAACGGUUCAUUUUAACCUGUUUAUCGUUUUUGUUAAUCAGUUAAUCAGUAGUUUUGGCGUAAAAAUAGUUCCCAGAGUCUGUUUUGUCGGACCAACAGUCCAAAAGUUCUCAUUCAUAUAAAAACAGAGAAAAGCAGCAAAUCCUCACAUUGAAGAAGCUGGAACCGGAGAACGUUUAGGCCUUUUUUUUGCUUGAUAAUUAAUUAAAUUAUCGAAACUGUUGCUCAUUAAUUUCUCGUCUGACGACUUUAUGUAGAAAACUCUCCAAGAUGAAGAGUUUGCUCCUCCUCAAAGUUGUUGUCGCCUGUUUCGGGCUUUUAAAGGUGCAUCAGAAAUCUAAUUUCAGCCUCUAAAACUUGCAGGUUUUUGUUGACUGUGUCGGGCACGAGACGUGAUGGGGGGGUAUUCUUUCUCCUGUUGCUUUUUUUAAUUGAUUUCAGACAUUUAAUUGGGGACAGGAAAUUGGAAGUAAGCGCGAGUCGGGCUGAAACUUACUGCGCCACUCCAAACACCAGCACGCGCGUCAUCUGGUCUCAGACGCACUUACAAGAGCUGGAUAUUUAUCAACAGCUUAGCAACACCGUUGAAGGGACGCGAGCCGCCAUGUUGUGAGACGUUUGUGUUUCUGGAGACGACUCUGCUUUGUGACGCUGCCGCUGCUUCAGGUGCUAAUGUGAAAACGCGAAACCAGCACUACUUCACCGCGACAGGAAGCUCGACAGCGGCCGCCAGACAAACGCUUGAACCGUUUUGUCUGAGCGUAGUUUUAAGUUUCCUGUCGUGAAUACGUGCCGCUCUGCUCGGUGCUGCUUUUUACCAAACUCACGCUGAGGUUUUAUCCAUGUUCUCCGUCUCCUCUGAAGCUUUCCCAGCAGCACCGCUCUCUGUCGAGCUGUCGUUCUUAUUCAGUACCGCAGAACUAGUUUCACUGUUAACCGUCUACAUUCUUGGUGCUGAUCUGGAAUCAGCUGGUGCAGAGUUUUAGUCUGAGUCUAAACUCUCAGAGUUUUUUUUUUUUUUUUUGGGAGCUGAAACUUGUAGGAUCAAGCCGAGCAACAAAGUGCACACAGGAGCUGGAGCCGGGUUCAAUCAUGGUUCACGUUUUGGAUCUGGUUCAAAGUAAAACGCCUGGAAUGACAAAUCCCUCAUGUCGUCAUAAUCGAGCAGAUAUGUAUUUCUUGUAGGGAUGCAACAAAUGACUCGUUAUCAGUCUGUUUUUAAGGUCUGAGCGCUGAAGGCGACGCCUUCAGAUGUCAUAUUUUGUCUGACCAACAAAACAAAACCCAGAGAGAUUCAAUUUAAAAUGAUGUAAAACACAGAAAAGCUGCAAAUCUUCACAUUUAGAGAAGCUGGAACCAAAGCCAAAUAAUCAAUUAUUAAAAAUUGUUGGCAGUUAAUUUUCUCUCAUUGAAAUGAUCGAUUCAUUGACGGUUUCAGCUCUUCUUGUAAGAGUUGUGGAAAGUUAAACCUAAAUUGGUAAGAGAUUCUGGAGGGUUCGGGUGUUUAAAAGCACAUUCAGUACUUGCAAAUGUUUCCCAGAUGAUGCGUUCAAACACCCAAAUCUCACAUUUGAGAAGCUGGAAACAUUUUUCUCUGUAAAAUAAAAUAACGAUCAACUGACUCCUCCGUUUCCCGAAGUCAAGAAUGAACUCGUCAGGACGUAAUAUUUCAAGAUAUCGCUGUGUAAAGUUAUAUAAACGGUAAAAGAUUUCAUCUGUAUUGAAUUAUCGCUCAACCCUACUCGAUUUAAAAUGUUAUUGAACUCUGAUUCUACUCAAGCAAAGUGAACUCGAGCUGCAGCUAUUUGAAUCAAUUAUUCAUUCUUACAUAUUCAUCAGUUAUUUUGGUGUCUCAACAGUCUUCAGAUAUUCACCUUACUGUGAUUAUAAAAGAGAAACGCUGGCGCCAGAGACCGGAUAGCAUUUUUAUCUUGUAAAAUAACUUGAAAUCGCAGAUGAAUCGACUGAUUGUUAAUCGAACAACCGACGGCUGCUGACCUGUGCGGGCAAAGAAACUUGAGUAGGAGCGCAGUGAGUGCGAUGGGAAACCCUUUUUCUAAAAUGUUAAAUAGUCCUGAGGUGUUUGUGGAUGUUUAACCCCGCGGUGUCUCUGCUGUGCCUUGAGCCUUUAACCGAACACUCGCCAGUCCCGUCUGCAGAUCAGCCGAGUGUCUGAUUUUUAACUUUCUGCAUGAAGAAGUUUUAAACCCCCCCCCCACAGAGGAUCCUCUGACUCUUUCCUCCUCUCUGACUGUACUGCCUCCUCCACGUGAUGUCCAAUCAGUUUAAUAUAAUAGUUUUCGGAGAAUUCCUCUUGUUAAAUAAGCCUUUGAAUAACGUACCAACAAUCACGCUUUGACUCUCUUUAUCUUUUCUGACGUGAACUCUGGUGCUUUGAAAAACUCUCGGCCCGACGUCUGGCCGACUUGAAGCAAUACCAGCCUUUUUAUUUUUCCUCUCGUGCUGAGGAGAUGCUCCCGUUCGAGCUCCACCUUCUUUCCACCUGUAAUUUAUUACACACUUCACAGAGACAGAGGGACGUCUGUGGUUGAUGGAUGAAAGACUUCAGGUGCUCUGAAACCUGGUGCUUCUCUCGCGGGGUUCCUACACACGCCCCGAGCUGUUUGGAAAAUCGACUCUGGGAAUUUUCACGAUGACUCGUCAGAUUUUAGUGACAUUUAUGUGCAUGAAAAUGGCAAACGCGACGCUCCGACCACGGUCUGGUGACCCGAGUGUGAAUGCUUCAAACAGAAAUGUGUAGGAACCCUUGUUUUUUUUUAUUAAAGUUAUCUAAUAUCACAAACCUUUACUGCUGAUUCAAAUGAGCCUUCCCAUGUUCCUCAUUUCCUCACAGUGUCGAUGCAUUUAAAGACCAUGUAAACCAGUGACUCUGAACUCGUUUUCAUCAAACUCCACAGCGGCUGCUUUCAUUGAUAAACUGGUAUCAGUGAAAUCGGCUCCUGUUGAGUUUCUUUAAAGAUUCGCUGAUGCUGAAAAGGUUCGUGGUUGUGUGUGUAUCUGUGAUUGGAGGGCCGGGUAACAGGAAAAAUAGGAGCCAAUCAGAAACAAAACAGACCUCUGAGUAUCGACAUGUCUCUGAAAGUGUUUCUAUUCACCAGUUAAUGUGGGGAAAAAAGCUUCUUAAAUGUCCAAAUAAGACGGAUUUGAUUCUGAAACCAGUCCAAACCUUUGUGCGGCGUUUACCCGGCCCUUCUGCAGGUUAUUUAUCUUUUCAGACGCCCGCCUGCGUUAACUUCUCACUCUUCUUGUCAAACCAGGACCACUUUUUUUUUUUGUCCUCCGAUGACACAGGUGCUGAUUUUUGUAAUGUUUACAGGGAUUUUGUUGUUCAAAGUGAUGCAGAUUAAAAUAUUAUAAAUGGU